AUGUUGAUGUACGGCCUACCCAUCGCUUUCCUGGCCCUACAGGGCCCGGCAAUGGUUUCAGCUCAAGGUUCCGACUCCACCGAGAAAGUGUGGGGAGUCUUUGCGUUUACUGUCUACGGAGAUAGCAAGCCAAGUGUGCUCACCAGCUCCCGAACCUUGACCGACUAUGGAGCCAACGAACUUGCCGCGGCAGCAUCAGCUUUCCGGUACCGUUAUGUAUCAACACCUGCAGGCUCUGAGACAGGAAUCCAGAAUAUUUCCCCAAUUAUUCUGGACUCGAACGACGUGGAUGUGCUCUCGACAACGAAUCAGAACAUUGUUGGAUCAGCUCAAGCAUUCAUGCAGGGUCUAUACCCACCACUCGGCUCAAUGAACAUAACAAGUAACCAAAUUGCGAACGGGUCGUUUGCGCAGGCGCCAUUGAACGGAUAUCAAUACUCUCGGAUUGUCACGCUUGGCGAGGCUGACCCUCAGUCUAUUUUGGUUGAGGGGCACGCGAUGUGUGACAUGUAUCGUGCCGCCGAGGGUGAAUACCGUGCUAGCGACGAAGUCCAGGAUAUCACACGAGAUACGGAAGCAUUUUACAGGAAACUCUGGAAACUGGCGCUGUCUGAAGUCUAUGAUGAGUCGUCUGCAACUUAUAUGAAUGCUGUUCCAAUCUCGGAAUAUUUGGAUUAUGCAGCUGUACACAAUGAGAGUUUGUUCGAAAGCCUGAAUCAUGCCGACGUCCUCCGUGCCCGCUCGUUAGCGGAUCAGUAUCUCUGGAGCACAAACAGUGAGCAAUCAUCUCCCAACGGGUCGGUGAUCGGAGUAGCCAGCCCAAUUGCGGGUCAGACAUUGGCAUCAAGCAUUCUAGAAGCCUUUGAUCUGAACAUUCAGGAAAGUGGCACCCGGCAGAAGAUGACCCUGUUGUUCGGUGGCGAUGAGCCAGCUGUUGCCCUGUCGUCUGUGAUGGGACUCGCAAGCCAACACCAACCCAAUUUCUCCUCCCGCCUGGUACGAGGUGGCUCGUUUGUUUUCGAGCUUUACAGCUUCGAGAACAGGAGCAACUUGUACCCAUCAUACCCUGGUAUCGACAAUUUGUAUGUGAGGUUCUUGCUUCACAACGGGACCGACAACACCACCAACUUCCAAACGUACUCCCUGUUCGGACACAGCCCCAGUCAAGCCGCAAUCCCAUACAAUGAGUUCCAUUCCGAGCUAGAGACGUUUGCCGUGGCAUCAACCCAGGAAUGGUGCCUCCGCUGUAAUGCCGAAACUGUUUUCUGCAAUGGAGUGUUAGACCCGAGUGAAUCUCAGCCAUGGAAGAAGAACAAAGAGAUGGCUCCCGCUGUAGCUGGAGUCAUUGGUGCUGUUACAACGCUAGCUGUCAUUGGGUUCACAGCAAUCGUUGCGUUCCUCAUGUGUGGUGCUCGCAAGGGCAAACCAAAUAAAGGAAGCCUUGGGGGAUUCAAAGGUUCUGGAAAACUUGCCAGUGAUACCGAUGUGUCCUACGGUGAGCCCAUAUGGGGAAACUCCAAGGCCGACGGUACUCAAACAUCCACUGGUGUUGCUGCUGGAGUUGAAGUUGCUAUGCAAGGCCAAGAACGCUCUGGAAGUUGGGAGAUGGGGCAGGGGAAAAAGGAGAAUGAGAAUAUUCAGCCCGAUGGCAUGGAAGUGAGGUCGCCUUUCGACGACCAUGAGGAAGAAUGGCGUGUGAACAGUGGCGUGCAGGCUGUGGAAAUCAGGGAGAGUGUAUAA